UUAGUUAUUAUCUGACAAUUAAAACAUGCGUUCUGUUAAUACCUUCAAGUUGAAAUAUUAACUGAUAAACUGUAUAAAUUUAUUAUUAUUAUUGUGUGAUAAUGUGAAAAUAAUUACCACAGUGUCAUGAGAAUUUCAAUUGGAUGAUUUUUGUUUCGUUGAUACAAAAAUUCAUUUGUUAUAGAUGGUCAUAAUUGUAAUAUUUCUACUCUUAUUCACCAACUGUGUGAUUACCAAUUCUGAAUCAAAAGUACAAAAAUGGUUGGACAUACGUUCAGAUAUUUUUUCUGUACCCAUCAAGUAUAUGAUCCAUCUUGAACCUGAAGAUCCGAUAUUUAGGAAAAUAAAACGUAGUGUAACUGAGGAUAUAAAGACUGAAGAGACUGUUAUCACCAAUACUGAAAUAAUCGCUGAUAAUGAAAAUGGCAAUCGCAAUAAACGAACUAUCAAUAACAAUUCAAGUGAUCAUAAGAGUAGUCAAGGGCCUAAUUUAAAUGUGAAAGCUGGAUUACAAUAUCAUCAUCAGCAAAGGCAUCCUAAUGGGAGUGUAUCAGGAGGAUAUGCAAUGUUGGAUCCAAAAGGUUCUCUGCAAGUUAUGCAUUAUGUAUCAGAUGAUAAAGGAUAUAGGGAAUACCCAGAAGUUGGUGAACCAGGAUCACAAGCUUCCGCUGCCAAUCAUUAUUUCCAGUUUCAACCACAACAACUGCCCAAUCAACCAGCUACACAACCACACAUUGAAGUUGUAUCCAAUGGUGAUGUAGGAAACCAAGCAAUAAAUCCAAACCAAGACAAUAGCUUGAAAAGUCUGAAUAAUCGGCAAGAGGCUAAUCUAGAUGGUGUUGGCUCACCUCAAACUCAAAUUCUACAAUCUGCAGUCAUUACUGUGGGCCAACAUGGUCCCAAAUCCCCCUUAUACCAUAAAUAUCACCGACCAUCGCCUCAAGAAGUGCAAAGGUCAUACCAAGAGCGUCUUUUGAAAUCUGGAUUAGAUCCUAGUUUAUUCAGUCCUCCUGAACCCAGUGCUAUAUCCGAUGUUAUACGAGAUAAACCAAUGCAGGUUACUGGAGUAUUUAAUCAAUAUCAACCUCCUCCUUACCAAGUCAAAUACCAGGAUGUAACACUACCUCCACCCCAAGAAUUAUAUGCAAAGCAGCAGCCUUUGGACUUGUAUCCCAAUCAACCACCCUUCGCACCUGCAGUCAACCAGCAAUUACAACAACCAUAUCCGGAAAAUAUCCCAGCUCAACCACCUUCACAUUUCCAAGCAUUUGAUCAACAAGCGUUUCCCCCUGGUCAAGAUGGUCAGCAGGCAAUUCCUCAGCUUCAAGAUGCAUUUCCACCUGGUCAACAAGGUUUUGCUCCUGGUCAACAAGGACUACCCCCUUUGGCUUUGCAACCAGUUGUUAAUCAACCUUAUCCGGCCAAUAUACCUAUUUAUGAUGCUCCUGCACCUCCAAAUGUUCCUACUUACAUCCAGCCGCCUCCUAGUAGCAUACCAAUUUAUAAUCAGCAAUAUCAAAUAGGUCCUGGGCCAGCUCCUGGUCUUGCUCCGGGUCCUGGACCAGGUCCAGGACCAGUUCCUGUUCCUGUUUUUGCUCAACCGCCACCAAAUAAUAUUCCUAUCUACUAUGAUCCGCAACAAAUGCCUCCAGGAAAUGUUCAAAAUACAUAUUAUGCUAGUGGGUCCAGACCACAACCAAAAACAUUUGUUCAAAAUACAUUCUAUGCCAGUGGACCUACUCCACAACCAAUAGCAGCUAAAAAUCGCUAGUCUUAGUUUAAGAUUGUGUUUUUUUGAUGUUGGUAAUUGUGUUUGUGUUAUAAUAAAUUGGUAUGUU